AGCUGUUCAGUUUCAGCAAUGAGCUUUGUGUUGUAUCUGCUAUGCGACAUUUGACAACCGUUGCUUUGUGCUAAUUUAUUUGUGAUAUUGUUUUCCGACCACCAUGGGCUUGUGCAAAGAAUAAGAAACAAAGUUCAAAAUAAAAACAGUAAACUGCCGCCCAUACCAUCGCAGCGGGAAAAAUAAAAACCAACUGGCGGCUUGUUUUGGCCUCAUCUUUGCAAGCAAGUUGAAGGACUGGUACAGCAAAUGCUGAGUGGCUUCCCUUCCGGAUGUUUGCUGCCGUGAGUGAGCGGUCGGCCGUCAUGAUUAAUUCCGUGGAACACCACGGAAAUUACAAGCGUGGCUGACUGGCUGUGAUACACUCCUACAUCAGCACUGAAUUACCGCAAUCGUGAUGGAAUUGACCGUCAUUAUGAGUUGGACGCAUCACCAUUGCUUCAGCAAGCUCCCGUUGCCCCCAUGGCCCCAUCAAAGAUAGCUCGCGCUAUUUUUAAGCCGUGCAAGCUCAGAGGGAAGCCCGGCACGCCGCCAGCUUUCCGUUUCACUUCCACCCCAUGACAUGCAGAUCCUCUCCCGCGACCGCGAGCGAUUCAUGGGAGCGCCGGCCAUGAUCGAGACAGGAUGACGUCCCCGCCGACGCCGCUGCCGGCGCUUGCGCGCCAGGCCAUGCAGUCGCCGUCGCCGCCGACGAAGGUGGGACCACCGCCGCUGCCACCGCCGCCGCUGCCGGCCGUGGACGCGGCCGUCAUCAUGGGCGUGCUCACGGCCGUGCUGCUGGCGCUCUUCCUCUUCCUCAUCUACGCCAAGCACUGCAAGCAGCGCGGCCCCGGCGAGCGGCCCGGCGGCCUGGGCCUCGGCUUCGCGCCCUCCUCGUGCGACCGCUGCCGCUCGGGGCUCAGCAGCUCCGCGGUGGGCGCGCUUCCGGCGGUCCGGUUCGGCGACGGUGACGUCGACGUGGGCCGCGCCACCGAGUGCGCGGUGUGCCUGGGCGCCUUCGACGCCGCCGAGCUGCUCCGCGUCCUGCCCGCCUGCCGCCACGCCUUCCACGCCGAGUGCAUCGACACCUGGCUGCUGGCGCACUCCACGUGCCCCGUCUGCCGCCGCCGCGUCACCGGGGGCCACGUGGACGACUCCGAGCCGGAGGACUCGGCGGCGACGCGGCAGCACGGCCGGCGCUCGGCGGACGACGCGGAGGUACAAGUGGUUGUGCACCGCGCGUGGGACCAGCGGUAGUCCACC